AUGCAAGACGGAUCGCGCGAUACUCCCGGGCUGCAUCGGUCGUCGGCCCCACCAAGCCAGAAUCAUUCGCUUUCACAUCAUGACUAUUUACCAAAUCCGAGUCUCUACAUGCCUAUUCUGAGUCCUGGCGAUGGCUUGCACGGCCUGAGUCCCGCCAAGAUUCAGCUUGCCGAUAGAAGCCCGCGUGGCCAUCCGAAUCAGAUGACGUCCCCCAAUAUGAGCACUGGUAUGUUCUCGGACGAUCACUUUCUCCUCCAUUCGUUGGAUGGAAACAUGUACGACCAUGCUUCGGGUACUGGACAUAUCGACCAUGAUUUGGGAAACCAUCAUUUACAGACGGACUUCGCCUUGGAUAAUCUUGACUUCAUAGUUCCAGAUGACUUGGGAGAGGAAUCUCGUGCAUUUCCUCCUCUGAACUUUCCUCAGAAUACUCCUUCUCUAAUGGCGCAUGGCCACGCAAGUAUCGUGCGCAAUCUGCUACCGGGCGCGAUACAGUCGCCUAUUCUUCCGGGACAAAAUCAGAAGUCAUACAAUCAAGAACACUUGUAUCAUAAACAGCGUCAGCAAAGACAGCAGGCGCUGAUCAGUUCGCUUGCGCAGAACCCGCCAAAACAUAUCCAUCCUGAUGCAGUGUUCACCCCAUUGGUUUCGCCUGCUGGCACGCCCUUGGAUCUGCAGAUCAACUCCAAUGGACAAUCCAAAGCCCUGCUCCGUGACUUCGAGCCGCUCACUUCUCCAGCUCUUAAGGCUCAACCAAAGGGCGUUUUACAGAGCCUUCCGUCUUCGGAAAGAAUCCGGCCUCUGUCAACAAUAAAUGACGAUUAUACUUCUGGCAAUAGCACCAAGAGAAAAACGCCCCAUCUGACACCAAAUCUUCAAGCACACACUGCCUCCAAGCACUCAAAGUCACCAGUCGCCACCAAAGUGCCGCAACCUUUCGAGUCUCUUCCAGAGGCCUCUUUCGACGGUCUUGGAGCUCUGGCAAAGAGUACAGAAACCACUCCAAUGUUGCCUCCUCAGAGCAAGCGUGUUCCAAUUGACAACAGCUCAAGCUCUACUCCAGGCAGCGCAGGCCCCAGUACGAUGAUGGGCUUUACUAUGAAUAGAUUGGCAGAGCAACAGAGCGGGUCUUAUGAAACCCCAACCAACGGCAAGACAAGUAAGCCUCCCAGAAGACUUUCGCGCAGCUCCUCCCAAAGAUCUGUGGACUAUUCUGGGAAGCACUAUGCAUCUUCGCUGUCGGAAACUUCACCCCUGCUCGAGGCUCAGCAAGACUCUGGCGAGUAUGGUAUUUCGCGCAAUGGAAAGCUUCCUACCAAGAAAACCUCACACAAACUCGCCGAACAAGGCAGAAGAAAUAGGAUGAACCACGCCAUACAAGAGCUCUCGUGUCUUAUUCCCACCACCUUCCACGAAAGAGCCGCUGUCCCCUCUAAAGCCACCACUGUUGAACUAGCGGCGGAAUACAUCUCCACACUCUUGAAAGAGAUUGAAGAUUUGAAGAAACCAAAGCGUAAAAUCAAGCAGGAGGAAUGA